AUGGAAGUAUGUGUAGACUCUGUACAGUCUGCUUUAAAUGCUGAAAAAGGAGGUAAGAAAUGUUUUAGCUGUUUAUAUCAGUGUCCUUCUAAUUACAAUAACACGAUACAAUCCUCAGAUUUCGUUUCAAAAUAGCACGUCAGUUCAUUCCCUCUUCUACCUGGAUCUAGUUGUGUCUGACAAACCUAAAAUGAGUUAGUACCCCAUUUUUUUUUCAUCGUUUCCACCAUAACUUAUCUCGUGAGACAUUGGAGAAGUCAUUUUUCAAGGAUUAAUUCACAAACCUGUCGAACAAGUACACCGUAUUUUGGCGGUAUUACGGUCAGUUGUCACCAAAGCGUGUUACUUAACUACUACUACUACUGCUAAUAAUAAACUUUAUUAAAGUGUCGAACCAUGUAGCCUGGGAGAACCCAUGGUGAAAUUUCCGCACAACCCCAUACUACGUUAUGCAUCCAGUUCUGGAUAGAGAAAACAAUGACAACAACAAUACAUUGCCAUUAGGAAAACAGAUUUGUUUUACAAUAGUAUGGGGCUAUGCGAAAACUUUACCGAACCCAUACUAAUAAGGGGACACAUAUUAGUAUAAAAUACAAUACAGAAUUAUAUAAAAUACCAUAUAGAAUUAAAAGACUAAGACAUCUACAUUGAAAUAUGAGUAUUGAAGUAAAAAAAAGAAAAGAAAAGGUAAAAAUGUCAUGUUGAGCUGAGGAUACAACCCUUGCAGCCGGUUUCUAUUAACUCACCAAGAUCUUUGCCACAAAUGCGCCUUUUAAACUCAUUAAGUGUUUUGGCUGAUCUGUCAUCCAAUGACAGCUUCGCCCAUAAUUUAGGUCCUAAGUGUCACAGUGAGUGCCUACCUUAAGUUACAGAGUUGUACAUAGGAGUGGAGAAAUCAGAUUUCUUCAAAUUAUACCUAGAGCUAUGUUCUUUAAAAAUAUUGCAAAUAUUACUUGGGCAUAGCUUAUGUUUAACUUAAUACAUAAGAAUGCAAUGUCAUGCAAAUGUCUGUUCAUCAAAUUUGGCAGCUUGGCCCUUUUCAAUAAUUGAAAAUAACUAGCUUACUUUUCAUUGUACACCACUCUCAAACCUCUUUCUUGUAACCGUUUAAGCUUGUGCAAAUCACUAGCUCUACAAAAGUGCCACACUAGGUGGCGGUAUGUAAGGUGAAGUAACACAGCUGCCUUAUGCAGUUAGAGUUUUGGUCUUAAUAGGGAUUAGAUUUCUUAGUUGCAUGAGGACAGCAAUUCUUUAACUGGCCUUCUUGCAUGCUGAAUUUACAUGUUCAGAAAAAUUUAAUCUGAAAUCUAUUGUUACUCUAUUGUUACUAUAGGAAGUAGUGAUGUUUGUUUGGCAUGAUGGUUUUUACUGCAGGGCUAGGUGGGUGGGGGGAUAAAUUUGCCUAUAUCAAACUUACCUACACAUUUAGAUACACAAUCAAUUUGCAUGCAUGUGUAACUAACAGAAAAGAAAAUAUUACUAAAAUCAUGAAAACCAACAUACAAGUUGCUACCCUGUGUUUUUUCUUCCUGCAACUCACUUCCAUCCUCUUCUACCUUCCUCCAUGUAAGUAAGUAAUGACCAUUCUUGAAAUUUCUGUUAAUAAACUCACCAAAAACCUGUUGGGAAGUUCAUUAAAGCAAAGGUCAGUUAAAUUUAACCAACUGGAGGUCUGCUUCCAGGCAUGGCAAAAUCCGUGAUAUUUAUUUACUCUUCCAGGCACAUUGACACUAGUGAUGCUACAAUAUUUGGAUUGUGUGUACAGUAGAUAGUCUUGGUUAUAGGUUGGUCAAUGUCUAGGUGUAUGGUUGAUUGACAUGUACAUAGAAAUUUGGUAGAGAGUUGAUUAACAGAGCAUCGUUAUACACCAAUAACAACAAACCAAGGUGCUCUAAAUAGCUACAGGUAAACCUUUCAACCUUGUAGCCUGACUUGACAAAGACUAGCAGUGCAGCAGUCAAAAAGUUGUGAUCAACACUCAAUUGAUUAGCCUGACUCUUUCAUUGUAAGACAAAUGAUCGAACAUUCAUUUUCCAUAACAGUUGGUUGACAGUUGCUCUACAGUCAGCUUAUUGGUGACCAUACCUUCAUUGAUAGUGGAUUGACUUCUCAGUAGAGAUUUUAGUUGACCAUUGAGACACCAAGACAACUGAUUAGCCUGACUCUUUCAUUGUAAGACAAACGAUCGAACAUUCAUUUUCCAUAACAGUUGGUUGAUAGUUGCUCUACAGGCAGCUUAUUGGUGACCAUACCUUCAUUGAUAGUGGAUUGACUUCUCAGUAGAAAUUUUGGUUGACUAUUGAGACACCAAGACAACUGUCUUCUACCCAAAGAGUAUUACCAAACUAUUGGCUGAUUAUUAGUUAGCUAUUGUCUGACUGUGUGCUGACUAGCAACCAAUUAUCUACAGUGUAUUCCUAUAACUACCACCUGUAAUUAUCUACCAAUGUGUUAAUCAACUCUCAAUUAACAUAUCAACUGAUAAAUUGACUGUUCUAUUGACCAAGGAUAAUCACCAUACAUAUGAUCUGGGUAGUCUUUGUCUACUCACAAAGGUGUAUACUUCUGAAAAAUUAAUGAUUUUAAAGUCAGUGUUUAAUGAUGAACACCCUCAAAGUCUUGGAACAAACCAGCAAAAUGAUAUAACACAAUAAACUUUGGGUUAAAUAAAUUAUUCAUGAAUAUCCUGCACACUUAUAACAGAGUAACUUUGCUAUCUAAUGAGAAAUUUUACAAGAGAUGCAGUGGAGUUUCAGAGAGCAGACACGCAAUAUUUUUAAAUACUUAGAUUGUUUACCAUAUUGAAUUCUACCCUAUAUGGGAAGGGGUUUUAAAGAACAGUGGAAAUAAAGCUCUUGCUAGUGAUUCUUUUAUUACAAAUUGUAUAGGGAAAUUUAAAAUUAAAUUUAUUGUUUAUAAUGUCUAAGGUAGAAUUUUUAUGAUUUUGAUCAACAUUCCUAGCUUUGUGGCUUUUUUAUAUGUACAUGUAGGUGCCACUCGUGUUGAACUGUGCUCCAAUCUGAUGGAAGGUGGAACCACGCCAUCUCUAGGCAGGUGAAUUUUACCAUAAUGUGGAGUGGUAGUUGUAAAUAAUUUACUGUUACCACUCAAUGUCUGUGCUUCUUAUACAUUUUGGUAGUCAAUUUUUCUUGUUGGGAUCAAGAUCUUUUAACCCUUUUUCACUCUUAGAUCUCAAGAGUAAUUCUUUUUACUAUCUGACAUACAGUUCUUCUGAUGUAAAUUCCAAGAAUCUGGUAUUACAGUAACCGUAAUUAAAUACUCCCCUAACUGACAUUUUCUUUUUAUUCACAUUGCUUGUCUGCUUGAUACUGUAUUGAUGUAGUGUGCAGAGGGAGUUAAAGGGUUUAAAUUCUUUUCCACUUUACAGUACUCUAUUUAGUGACAAUUUCAAUACCUGAAGGGUUAUAAUAUUUGAUCAUGGGUGAACACAUGAUGUUCAUGGCAACAAAAAACAGCAAGAAUGAUCUCUGCUUUUACCCUCUUUCCUGUCUUAACUUUGAUCAACAGUGUUGCAAAUUAGCCCAAAAUUACAUGUUCCUAGUAAAAGCAAAUAUGUUAACUUAAGUUCGAAAAAUGACUGAAAGAAGAAGGAAAUAAGUUCCUUUUUUGCUAUUCAAGUUUUGCUGUAAAUAUUGUACUUAACGUCUCCAGUAUUUCUAGGUUCAAGUUGCUUGUGUGAAGCUUAAAUAUCUUAUUUUUGCAGGAAUGUUUAGAAUUAUCAAACAAAGAUCACCAAUUCCAGUGUUUGUAAUGAUAAGACCAAGAGGAGGGGACUUUCUUUACACUGAGGAUGAAUUUGAAGUAAUGAAGGAAGAUGUCAAGAUAUUUAAGGAAGCUGGAGCAGAUGGAGUAGUGUUUGGCAUCCUUACAAGGUGUGUGAGUGUCAGAAAUAUUUUAACUGCAGUCCUCUUUUAUAAAGCUAUUCAGGUAGAGCUGUAUGCUCAGGUGGAAUAAACUAAGAAAAACUUCAGUGCUUAUAAUUUCGGCAUUUCUUAAUUCAUGUUAUACCCUAAUGUUAGCAUUCAUAUUCUCCUUAGUUUGCUGUGUAUAUCCUUUAGUACUGACCACUGUCUUAGUGACAAGGAUAGCUUGUGUGACAGUCAAGAGCUUCUGAAAUUGUUGAUCAUUUCCUUUAUUCUUAUGACUUUUAUAUUUGAUUCAAGAGUGAUUCUGUAAGGUCAGAAGUUAGAAGCCAGUCAUUCUUAGAGAGUUAAAAGGGUUAUGGUGGCACUUCACAGCCAGUUGUACUACUCAGAAAGGAACUUUUAUAGACUUUGCACCUAAACUUUACAUUAUUGGAAUUCUUCAACCAAUAAGGUCAUGUGCUGACUUUUGCUCUACAACAUUCAAUUUGUUAAAUGCGAUUUGUGGGGAACAAAUCUUAUAAACAGUGUGAUAUAAUAUUUCAAGUACAUGUAAUUCUAGUUCUUACAAGAUGUAAACUUAAUCAGCUGUUAAUAAUUGUUUUAGACAUUUGUUUACUAUAUUUAACAAACAGUCUGUAGGCGUUCAUUAAUACUUAGCUCUUAAUUUAUGUAAUUAAUUUGUUUCUCUGUUGUAAGUUAUCAGAGGCAGAUGCAUGUAGAUAUUCUGGAAAUAAACUAUUAUUAUUAUUACUGGUAUUAUUAUUAAUAUUAUGAUGAUGAUGAUUAUUUUCAUUACAUCAUUGCUUUCAUUAUAUUUAGAGUAUUAUUGUUGAUGAUAAAUAUUUAUGUCAUCCUUUAGUGAAGGGGCAGUGGACACAUUGAGGUGCGAAGAACUCAGAGGUUGGGUUAAUUUUUAUUAUAAUUAUGUAUUUCUUCAAUACAAUGUGGUAGCAUGUUAGUGCAAGUGUCUUCAUCCCUGCUAUUUUUUAGUAAGCACAAUUUAGAGAAUCUCUUUAUCAGUUUGUGUUUGUGGCAAAAACUAAGUGAGAGUAGGGAGAAUUUAUAACAAGUAUAAAACAGUUGAACAUAACCUCAGAUAAAGGUCACUGGCCAUUUUAGAAAGGAGAAAGGAGAAAGGAAGCUGUUUAAGGGGGGGGAGGGGGUAGUGAUUCAGAUUGGUAAAAGUGAAAAUUAUGGACUACUGUGGCAUUGGCUACCAUGAUGAGCAGGUUCCCAUCUACAGUAGAGCUGGCCAUUUCUGGAGGUGUGACUCCAUUUACCAAUUAAAACCUCUGCUCUUGAGUAAGAAGCACUUUGCAAUUCCCUUACUUUCCUACUCUGAAAUAAUAUUAUUUUAAUUUAAAAAGGUAUCAACUUUAUUUUAUUAUGUUUCUCUGAAUUUUUGAUAAUUGUCUUUUCCUCUUUGUUUUUGUUUAGAUGUGGCAAGUCCACUUCAAGCUACUUUCCACAGAGGUAGUUCUCUCUUAUCUUUUCUUUUCAUACUUAGUGUUGAAUAUUCCAGAGUUAAUUCUUUGUAAAGUAUCAAAUUUUUGUUACUCAAUGUUGGACUGUGUACAGAGGUUUAUUUUUACAAACCUAACUCCAAUACUUCAAUAUGUUUAAAAUAUUGAGUGUACCUGUUAGAAAAAAGUAAAGUAAACAAAAUAAUGUAAAGUAACACAUGAAGUUUGAUAAACCAGCUUUAUUUCAAGCUUUCUGAUAUAUAUCUAUUUUAGAAGUUUAUUGAUAAAUGUUAGUUUGUUAUUGAACCAUUUUGGUGGCUCCAGUUGGCUAAAGUUAGAAUGUUUUACUUUUUGCAGCUUUUGACAUGCUCAAGGAUCCUUACACAUCUUUAGAGGUUAUUAUUAAGAUAGGCUUUGAGCGUAUCUUAACUAGUGGACAAGACUCUUCAGCACUGGAAGGAUUACAAACUAUAACACAUCUAAUUGAAAAGGUAUUCAUGGGCUCCAAGUUCCCUUUUUCCAAAAGUUGCCUUUUGGCGACCUUCAGCUAUAAAAUGGACCUUCAGGUAUAAAAUAGCAAAAAAAUUUGGUCACUGAAAAAAAAAAAUCAUCAUAUCAUUGCAAGGACAUGCUGGUACAUUUGUUAAUUCAACCAAACAUUAAUAGAUUUUUCUAAUUUUUCCCAAAUCUGUUGGUAGCCAAUCAGCAACUUUCACCAAAAUUUUAGUUGCUGUGUAUAUUUUUUACUUGCCAUGGUGACCAAAACAGUCUCAAAUUGGAGGGCUGUAAUGAGUAUUUUUUGAAAAUUCAGCCAAGAAUGAAAGUUAACAAACUCAAAGAGAAGAAACUCAAACUUCAAAGAUAGCAUCAGCUGAAAAUGUCAUUUAUACAAAGUAACAGUUUUCUUUGUGUGAGUAGGUAUUUAAAAAAGUAUACAUGUCUUAAAUGACAUGGAUAAUUUGAAGUUUUGUCCUUCUUAGGCUAAAGACAGAAUUACCAUUGUCCCAGGUAGGUUCAUCUAUUCACAACAAGUCAUUGUCUUCUAUUUUGUUUUUUGUAUGAUUCAGUUUUAAGGUACAUGUUUUCACAAGUUCCUCUGUUGGAUAGCUUAUUAAGGGAAAUACAGUCCAUGAGUUUGACUGGUUGACCUCAUAAAAAUUAAGAUACUUUGAUAAUUCUAUUUUAGUCUGUUUUAAUUUAUCUUCUGUUUAGUACCUGAAAAUUAGCUUGAGAAUGUUUCUCAGCAAUAGCUACGAGUGUAUUUACACAGUAAACCAGUAUGAAUGUGUGUAUGUAUGUAGAUACAAUUUUUUGUCAAUGAAUUUUGACUUAGUCAUCAUCAUCAUCAUGAUUACUAUAAUUAUUAUUGUAAUUAUUAUGAUUUUUAUUAUUUCAUUCUUAAUGAUUCUGUUUAAGAACCUAAUAUGCACUGAUUUCUGACCUAAAGGGGCACAAUGUAGUCUGCUCAUUCAAAGGGUUUUCCCCCUACUGUAGCAGUAAUAUGGUUGAGGCAAGGUUUUCAAUUUUUUCCAAGAGGAUGUGAAGGAUCACCUGUUAUUUUUGCAGGUGGUGGAAUAACUGAACGUAAUUUGGAACGUAUACUACUGGAAUCUGGUGCUAGGGAAUUUCAUUGUUCAGCCCGGCAUUCUAUACCAUCUGUUAUGGAGUAUAGGAACACUAAUUGUCCUAUGGGGGGGACCCUGAAUCCACCUGAAUUUGUUACAAAGGUGGCAAGCUAUGAGAAAGUUAAAAACCUUGUUUUUGUUGCAAGAUCAGUUAUUUCUUGA